AAGUACUACAACUGCCCCACACUUGAGGGCAUGAAGCUGGAGGACGCGGGGUAUGCGGGGUCGAAGGGGUCGCAUUGGAAGGAACUCCACGCAAAGGAGGAGCUGAUGGCUCCUGCGGGCAAGCGGGGUUAUUACUCGGCACUGACGCUUGCGGCGUUUGCGGACAUGGGCGGCGUGUACAGGGUCAACUUCAGCAUGGCGGAGCCGAUGAGGUGGGGCAACAACUCCGGCUGCGGGCUGCUGGAAAAGAAGUGCCUGAGCGGCGGCCACACCGACUACCCUGACAUGUUCUGCAAACAGCUUUGGAAUGAGAAGAAGCUGCUCUGUACGCAUGACCGCCUGUCUCUGGGGUAUUGCGAUGUCGGGGUACACAAGCAACCCUUUCCGCCGCAGUAUCAGUACUUCGAGGGCCCCAGGCUUGGCGGCAGGGCGGUGUUUAUGGACUACUGCCCGUACGUUACUGGGCGCGCAGCGCAUGCGUGCACCAACGGCAAUGCUCGUGCGAUUGUCGGCAGCUUCAUUGGCCCCAACUCCCGCUGCGUGAAAGGGAAUGACCUUAAAGUGACUGGAACCCCCAUUGGCGAUGUGUGCGUGAACACUCAGUGCGACGGCGGCAAGCUGAAGGUGCAGUUCCAUGGCGACGCAACGUGGCACGAGUGCGAGGAGGGCCAAACUGUUGAGCCCCAGGGGGAGCACUGGAGCGGGAGUAUUGUGUGCCCCAAGUACGCCGAUGUGUGCGACGUCCCCCCCAACAUCAGCGCCUACCCAAUACCGGUGGUUGCGCCACCGCUGACAGAAGAUCCACCAGCCGCAGAGGACACGCAACCGGUUGAAGGGGAGAAUGGCGACGCGGAGGUCAGCCCUGCCGGACCCGGCGGUGAAGCGUUGACGCAGGACGCAGCCGUCGCCCACAGUGCUGGCUCGGAUCGCGGCGGCAGCAGCAAAGCUUCUGAGGCUGAGGGUCCGUCUGCAACGAGUUCGUCGGGCAGGGCGGAAGGCGGCGUUGACGUUGCCGCGGGGCACACGAAUGCGGCAAAAGGCAGUGAAGAAGAGCAAGGCGGUGCGGAAGGUCCAACGAAGACUGAGCACGGCGGCGCCACGGGGACGGCUGUAGCAAAUUCUGCGGACAGCACUGCCACCAACGCCCUGUUUGUGCGUGCGCUUCUGCUACUGUCGCUGCUGCUGCUCACGGCUGCCCUUACCUGUGCUGCUGCGUAG